AUGUUAUGGCUGCCUUCGAGUGUAAUCGUUUUUUAUUAUACAUCGGUCGACGACAACAAGAGACUGUGUCACACGAUUGGCUGCGGGAAAGAGACGGAGAACAAACUGUUGUUGCAGAUCAGGGAAGCCGAACAAGUGUCAGACUUUGAAAGGAUUCUUAAUACUAAUGCAAUACUGUGCGAGCGGAGCAGGCGUCACGUGUGGCGCGGCUGCGGCGCCGCUCACAAACCGUCAGCAUCCGUGGUCCCGCGGCCCCGCUCCGCCUACUCGCUGUACGCCGUGAGCCAGGCCUACCACUACUUAUUCCGGCAGCACGAGGAGUCCCUCCAGCCGCUUAUCGACGAGUAUCGCCAAGCGACUGUCGACGAGCAGAACGCGUGCCCUCCCACAAGCUUACUAGGUAACAAGUGGCUCGAGAACUUGCAAGACUUAUCCGAAUUUUACGAGGACGACCAAGCGUUAAGGAAGGAAGUAGAGACUAUUUCUGAUCGCAUUGUUACUGAGGAAGUGGCCGCCGCGGACGAGAGCAACCGAGUAAACAGAAGAAAUAAACUCUUCAAUGUCAACUUGGCCGGUCUAAUCGGCCUCACAGUUCAAGGGGAAGGCUGCUCCCCCAACCGCGAUGAUUACGGACCGUCUGAUGUAGAAAGAGCAGAGAUCGAGGAGGAAUGGCUCGCACCGAUUAUGAGCGCAAACUCCGAUGACCAACACGACUCACAAGGUGAAAACGUGGACGGCAUUACGCAGAAUCUGAACUCUGUCAAAAUAGACAGUGAUGGUAAAGUGCCGACAAUAACCUUCAGCAAUUGUUGCGACAAUUAUACAAAAAACGACCUGCCCGACAAUACAGACGUAGCGAUCCAUUUGGCCGUGCCCUCCAUUGAUAUUAUUGACGAGUCCCGUCCACCAAUGAUGUGACCUUGUUUGAUUCAAUCUGGACAAUCGACUACACAAUAACAAAA